AUGACUGACCUUCUGCAGAUGUGGGGGGGGACGGAUACCACCCCAGCUCUGCUGCAGUAUCGUCUAACCCUUUCAAGUGUGAUUCGGCGAUACAACUUCACCAUUGCGAGGCGGAAGAUUGCGCCAGAUGGGUAUCUCAAGAACUCGCUCGUGAUCAACGGUCAAUUUCCUGGCCCUCUGAUCGAGGCAAACUGGGGUGACACUAUUCAAGUUACUGUUCACAAUGACAUCCGUGACCCCGAAGAGGGCACGGCCAUCCACUGGCACGGCUUCUUGCAGAAGGGAUCUCCUUGGAUGGAUGGCGUGCCUUCCAUUUCUCAAUGUCCGAUAGCCCCAGGCGCGAGCUUUACCUAUUCAUAUAUUGCCGAUUCGUACGGGUCGUCGUGGUAUCAUUCACACUACUCAGGACAAUAUGCCGAUGGAGCCAUCGGGCCCAUUGUCGUACACGGCCCACCGACGGUCUCGUACGAUAUCGAUAUUGGUCCAGUUCUCAUCACAGAUUAUUACCAUAGAAACUACACGGAUAUCACUGAAGCUGCCUUCAACUCCAAUUUUUCGAUAGUGGCGGUGCCCGGAGUGAAUUCGCUCAUCAACGGCCGUAACAACUAUAAUUGUUCGCUGAAAGCUGCGAAUGACCCAAGCCCUUGUCAAAGUGAUGCUGGCAUCGCCAAGUUCAAGUUUCAGCGCGGCAAAAAGCAUCUUCUCCGCAUUGUCAAUGCGGGUGCCAGUGCUUUGCAAACAUUUUCAGUUGACGGCCACAACUUGACCGUCAUUGCCAACGACUUUGUGCCCGUUGUCCCGUACCAAACUCAGUACCUCAAACUCGGUGUCGGCCAGCGCACCGAUGUGAUUGUCGAAACUACCGCGAACGAGCAAAACAACUUUUUCAUACGCUCCCAGAGCCCGGCCAAGCCAUGUGCCGACACGAUCCAGCCUAACGUUAGCGCACUCGCCUACUUUGACGAUCCAAACGUGGUGCCGCAGCCCAACCCAUGGCCAGCUUUUACAGCUGCCAUCCAAGUGUGUGAAAAUGAGCCUCUGGAAAACACGGAACCUUGGUAUCCAUUGGCAUCACCGCCAACGACGGCCACGACCUACGUCCUGAACAUGACACUCGGCCAAAACGCGUCGGGCUCAUACCUGUGGUACAUGAAUAACUCGACCUUUCGCGGCAACUACAACCACCCGAUCCUCCUGCUGUCGAACCUCGGCAACAACUCGUAUCCCGACGACCCCCAAUGGAACGUUGAGAACUUUGGCACCAACACGUCGAUCCGCAUGGUCGUCUACAACGCCAACCCUCGCACGCAUCCCAUGCAUCUGCACGGGCACAACUACCGGAUCGAAGCGAUCGGCUACAACAACGAGACGUGGGACGGGACCAUCGUGCGGCCGUCCAAUCCGCAGCGCCGAGACACGCAGCUCGUGCCUGGCUGGGGAUACAUGGUGAUCUCCUUCGAGGCGGAUAACCCGGGCGCCUGGCCGUUCCACUGCCAUGUCGCCUGGCACGUGGCCGCCGGCUUGUACGUGACCGUGGUCGAGAGGCCGGAUCUGAUUGCGAAAUACCGCAUUCCGAGCAUCAUGGCGCAGACGUGCAGGGACUGGUGGGCGUAUACGAAGACGGAUGUUGUGGAUCAGAUCGACUCGGGGUUGUGA